AUGAGCUACGGCAAGAAAGAUGAGGACGCCGAUGGGCCUAUCCUCAAGGUGGAUCGCACUGCGGUCUUCCAGGAAGCACGAUUGUUCAACUACUCCCCUAUAUCGCCUCGGAAAUGUCGCAUCCUCCUCACCAAAAUUGCGCUCCUUCUCUUCACUGGGGAGUCAUUCCCCCAGAACGAAGCCACAGACCUCUUCUUCGGUAUCUCAAAGCUCUUCCAAAAUAAGGAUGAAUCCCUACGGCAGAUGAUGUACCUCGUCUUCAAAGAGCUUGCAAGUUCAGCAUCAGAUGUCAUUAUGAUGACCCAAAGUAUAAUGAAGGACACAGGAGCAGCCGCGGACAAACUCUACAAAGCUAAUGCGAUACGAGCUUUAUGCAGAAUCAUAGAUGCUACCACAGUACAGGCGAUAGAGAGACCAAUCAAGACCGCUAUAGUUGACAAGAAUCCCUCAGUAUCAUCCGCUGCUCUUGUGUCCUCGUACCACCUACUACCCAUAGCAAAAGACAUUGUUCGAAGAUGGCAGAGCGAAACACAAGAGGCAGCUUCGUCUUCAAAGUCUUCCGGCGGCUUCUCUCUCGGCUUCUCCACUUCGGCCUCAUCCCAUACCCUCCAGCCCAGCACUCAUUAUAUGAACCAGUAUCACGCGAUUGGUCUUCUCUAUCAAAUGAGAUCCCACGAUCGGAUGGCAAUGGUGAAAAUGGUACAGCAGUUUGGUGCACCAGGUGUUGUCAAAAGCCCAGCCGGCAUUAUAAUGCUCGUAAGGAUAGCUGCAAAGCUUAUUGAGGACGAUGCAGGCCUCCGAAAACCAAUGCUGCAGCUACUCGACGGUUGGCUAAGACAUAAAGCUGAGAUGGUAAAUUUCGAAGCUGCAAAGGCCAUUUGCAAUCUUCCCGAUGUGGUGGACUCAGAAAUGACCCAAGCUAUCCAUACACUCCAACUAUUCCUAACUUCACCUCGAGCUGUCACCAAAUUUGCUGCCAUACGAAUCCUCCACAACGUUGCCUCUUUCAAACCGAAUGCCGUCCAAUCCUGCAAUCCUGACAUCGAAACCCUCAUUUCACACUCUAAUAGAUCGAUCGCUACAUUCGCUAUAACAACGUUGCUGAAGACUGGAAACGAAGGAAGCGUGGAUCGGCUGAUGAAGCAAAUAACGGGCUUCAUGGGGGACAUCACGGACGAGUUCAAAAUCACCAUUGUAGAAGCUAUACGUACUCUAUGUCUCAAGUUUCCCGAUAAACAAGCUGCUAUGCUCGCUUUCCUGAGCAACAUACUCCGGGAUGAAGGUGGCUAUGACUUUAAAAAAGCGGUUGUAGAAAGCAUGUUUGACCUGAUCAAAUUUGUCCCAGGUAGUAAGGAAGAUGCUCUGGCACACCUCUGCGAAUUCAUUGAGGAUUGCGAAUUUACGAAGCUUGCCAUACGAAUCUUACAUUUGAUAGGUGUUGAGGGUCCAAAGACACCCCAUCCGACGAAGUACAUUCGGUACAUUUAUAACCGUGUCGUCUUGGAAAAUGCGCUCGUCAGAGCUGCUGCCGUUACUGCCUUGGCUAAAUUUGGCGUUGGGCAAAAGGAUCCUGACGUCAAGCAGAGCGUCACAGUCUUACUAACAAGAUGUCUUGAUGAUACAGACGAUGAAGUUCGAGACCGAGCUGCUCUGAAUCUGCGACUCAUGAGUGAAGAGGAUGACAUGGCCAAUCGCUUCGUCAAAAAUGACUCGAUGUAUUCGCUGGCAACAUUUGAACAUCAACUGGUCAUGUAUGUCACGGCUAAUGAUAAGAAGACUUUUGCGACUGCUUUCGAUAUCUCUACUAUACCAGUUGUUAGCCAUGAACAGGCCUUGGCUGAAGAGCGAACGAAGAAGUUGACCUCAGCCACACCGACUCUCAAGGCACCAAGCACCGGUCCUAAGAAAGGCCCUCAGGUCAACGGGACUGCCGACAAGACGGAAUCUCUACUGGCUGCUGCACAAAAGCACUCAGAGGCGCUUCUGCAAAUACCAGAGCUCAGAGCGCAUGGCGCGCUCCUACGAUCGUCGCAACCUGUCGAACUUACAGAAUCCGAAACUGAAUAUGUUGUCAGCGUGAUCAAGCAUAUUUUCAAAGAUCACGUUGUGCUACAAUACGAGAUCAAGAACACCAUGACGGAUACCCUUCUAGAAGAUGUCUCUGUCAAUGCCACUCCAUCCGACGAGGAGGAGGCUCUUGAAGAAGAAUUCUCUAUACCUGUAGCGAAGCUCGAGGCGGAGCAACCAGGCACUGUCUUCGUCAGCUUCAAGAAGAAUUCAGAUGUGACUUAUCCAAUAAGCUCCUUUACUAAUAUUCUCAGAUUUACCUCGAAGGAGAUAGAUCCGUCGAGCGGCGAGCCCGAUGAGACCGGGUAUGAGGAUGAGUAUCAAGUGGAAGAUUUAGAGCUUACAGGCAGUGACUACGUAACGCCUGCCUUUGCGGGCAGCUUUGAUCAUGCUUGGGAACAAACGGGCGCGAAUGGAGACGAGGCGUCUGAGACGUUGCAAUUAAGCAGUUUGAAGAGCAUUGCAGAUGCUACAGAACAACUUACGAAGGCGCUGUCACUGCAACCACUGGAUGGGACAGAUGUGCCGAUAUCGACGAGCACCCACAUGCUCAAAUUGUAUGGCAAAACACUGAAUGGUGGGAAAGUGGCUGCGCAGAUCAAGAUGGCUUACUCAGCUAAGAGUGGAGUUACGACGAAGAUCACCGUGAGGAGCGAAGAGGAUGGCGUUGCUGCAUUGCUUGUUGGAAGCGUUUCAUAG